AUGUUGUUGAUUGUCUUCUUAUUUGUUCAAUUAAUUCUAAUAUGUUUUUCAUUUGAAAAUGAAACGGAUUGUUAUUUUCGUGUCUUAUAUUCUAAUGGAAGUCAAUCAUGGUGUUUAGAUGAAGAAUGCUCGAAUCAUACAGAUAUAAUAUCAUUAGAAAAUCUUCAUUGUCAAACAAAUUAUUUAUCAUUAAAAUUUUCAUCUUAUUCAAAUUAUUCUAAUUUUCUUCUUUCAACAACAUCAAAACAAAUUUAUUUAUCUUCAUUUUUUUCAUUGGGUCGUCCAAAUCUUGAACGUCUUCUUCAAAUUGAAUUUUUAUCUUCAUUGGAAAAUAAUAAAUCAUUUCAACUUGAUCAAUUAAGUCUUUUAGCAAAUUCUUUAUCAAAUAUUGAUACAUAUGAAUUAAAUUUUUUGGGAAAUCUUUCAAAUAAUAAUUUACAAUUAUUCAUUGAUGAAAAUCUCUUUUUAAGUAAUGAACAACAAUUUAUUGAUACAUUAAGAUUAAUAUUUAAUUGUUCAAAAUAUGAAAGAGUUGAAUGGGAAUUAGUUAAAAGUAUUCAAAGUAUUCCACAAUCUCCAUGUCCUCAACAAAUAACACUUCUCAAUCAUCAAUUAAAUCAGCAAAAAUAUUCUUUUAAUAUUAUUAUUCUAACAAGUCUUAUUGCAUUUGUAUCUACAGUUAUUCUUAUUAUAAUUGCUCUUAUUUUAUAUAAUUAUCACAAUAGAGAUUAUCGAUUUAAACAAAAAUCAAUAACCGAUAGUCGAAUUGAAUUAAUAUCAACGGUUCAACGAUUUUAA